AUGUCUGGGCAAUGCCAUACAAAUGACCACAUAAAGGACCGCAUGAGAGUUGAAGACAAUAGAGACUUAUGCAAUCUGCACAAGGUCCAUCCAAUGCAUGACAAGGUUGGGCUCGAUGAAUUGAUGGUCCAAGACUUGAAUGUAUUGUGGGAUGCCACCAUAAGCUAUGACACUAGUGCUAAUGAUGGUAACAAGUGGACUUGGAGACUCUUGCAAUAUUUACAUGAUGUUCAGAAGUGUGCAAACCACUCUGAAGUCUAUGAUGUGGGUGACAUUGCUGCUGAAGAUGUGGAAGGUGGCUCGAACAGUGUUCCGAAGGUUGAUUAUGGGCAUGGAAAGUGUAGAUGUAUCACAAACUCGAUGUAUGACAAUUUUUGGUCCCAUUAG